ACGCGCUCCUCUUUCGGCAGAUUUCCCACUGAGAAAGUAAAGCGAAGCUUUCUCCGGCAGCCCAUCCGGAACGCCAUGAAUCUGUUCCGCUUCCUGGGAGACAUCUCGCAUCUGUUGGCUAUAAUCAUCUUGCUGUUGAAAAUCUGGAAAAUCAGAUCCUGUGCUGGGAUCUCUGGGAAGAGCCAAGCUCUCUUUGCCAUUGUCUUCACUACUCGGUACCCAGAUCUAUUUACAAACUACAUCUCGUUGUAUAACACCUCCAUGAAGGUGGUGUAUGUUGCCUGUUCCUAUGCUACGGUAUGGAUGAUCUAUAGCAAAUUCAAAGCCACCUAUAAUGGCAACCAUGAUACCUUCAGAGUGGAAUUCCUGGUAAUUCCAACAGCAGUGUUAGCGUUCCUAGUAAAUCAUGAUUUCACACCCCUAGAGAUUCUCUGGACCUUCUCCAUCUACCUGGAGUCAGUGGCUAUUUUGCCACAACUCUUCAUGGUCAGUAAAACAGGUGAGGCAGAGACCAUCACAAGUCAUUACCUCUUCGCUUUGGGAGUCUACCGUGCCCUCUACCUGUUCAACUGGAUUUGGCGCUACCAGUUUGAGGGGUUCUUCGACCUCAUUGCCAUCGUGGCUGGUUUGGUGCAAACGAUACUGUACUGCGAUUUCUUCUACCUGUACAUUACAAAAGUUCUAAAAGGCAAGAAGCUGAGUUUGCCUGCAUAAGUUAAGAUCAAGACUGCAACUAAAUACUUUGGCCAAGGAGAAUGAAGGGAAAGCUUCACAGAAAAUUAGACAUGCAGAUUGAGAUUUCUUUUAAAAUAUUAGUGUCCUAUUGAUCUCAACUUCCACCCUGAACUUUGAUCUAAGCGUGGUUUGAGACAAAACAACAACGGAUGGUCCUUCUACAAAACAGACUGCUAUAGUUGGGGGUGAAGUGAAGCACAGCUUGAAUCCCAAGCUAACAAUGACUACUCCUGGUUAAUAUGUAGAUUGUAGAUUUUUGGGUUUUUUUAACCCAUUUUGAUCAUUCUCUGUGUCUAUAAUGCUUGAGUAUUAUUUUUUGAUGAAUCAGCACAAGUAGGAAAUACAUUUUUAAAAAGUCUGUUAUCUGUAUCCUCUUAGUUUGGGUGUUAUGUUGAUAAACGCUAAUAUGAA